GUAGUGCGCGCGGCGGCCACAUUGUGUCCGCCCGCCGGCGCUGGGCUACCGACUCCUCUCCCAGCUGCCUCUCUUGCUUCGUAGGUUCAGGCUGUUGCCGGCACCAUGUCUGGCUAUCCUAAAAGCUAUAAUCCUUUCGACGAUGACGUAGAAGACGAAGACACCCGGCCGGCGCCGUGGAAGGACGCCCGCGACCUACCGGACGGCCCUGACGCGCCCAUUGACAGGCAGCAGUACCUGAGACAGGAGGUGUUGCGCAGGGCCGAGGCUACUGCUGCCAGCACAAGCAGGUCCUUGUCCCUCAUGUAUGAAUCCGAGAAGAUCGGAGUCGCCUCUUCCGAGGAGCUGGUCCGGCAGCGAGGAGUCCUAGAACACACAGAGAAGAUGGUAGACAAGAUGGAUCAGGAUUUGAAGAUGAGCCAGAAACAUAUCAACAGCAUUAAAAGUGUGUUUGGAGGAUUUAUCAACUACUUCAAAUCCAAACCAGUAGAGCCUCCACUGGAGCAGAAUGGCAGCAUCGUCUCUCAGCCCAACAGCAGAUUGAAAGAAGCCAUAAAUACAAGUAAAGAUCAGGAAAGCAAGUACCAAGACAGCCACCCUCACCUCAGAAGGCUACAUGAUGCAGAACUAGACUCAGUGCCUGAAGGACCUACCUCUACUGUGAGUUCUGAGAUUUACCCAAAGAACUCGAGCCUUCGAGCUUAUCACCAGAAGAUUGACAACAACCUAGAUGAGCUGUCUAUGGGAUUGGGCCGCCUGAAGGACAUAGCCUUGGGAAUGCAGACGGAAAUUGAAGAACAGGACGACAUCCUUGACCGACUAACAACCAAAGUGGACAAGUUAGACGUCAAUAUAAAAAGCACAGAAAAAAAAGUCCGGCAACUCUAGAGAAAUGGAGAGGAACUCUGCUCCAUCUUGAUGAGAAGAUUUAGAAGGCUCUCUUAAAUUCUUAUGGAAUGUCACUUAUUACAUAGUAUGUAAUGUAACACGUUUUCAAAUGUGGGUCUUUGAAAUUUUAGUUUCAAUGGGGGAAAAUGUGUGUUCCACAUUUGAUAAGACCAACACCUCUAAAGUUCUGUGAGCUGUCUGCUAUGUUUUAGUCCAAGCAGAGUAAUUGUGGACACCUUGAGCCUUUGAUUAAUAUGCUAGAAGGAGAAAAAGUACUCCAUUUCUGAUUUCAUGUGUGCCUGCAAAGCCAUGGGCAGAGCGUCAGUAACUUCUGUCUUUCAUUUACCCAUUUGUUAUGUUUCUCACUCUGAGGCCUUACUGUGAAUUCAGAUGUGAAGGGACCCUGGGUUUGUGGCAGAAGGAAGAGUCUUUCCACAUCUUUAUAUUCAAGUCUUGUGGACAUGCCUGCACACACACUGAGCACAUGGUAGCUCUCUCCUGAAAAGGAUCCAUGUUCCAUACAGAACUGAAAUGUGUUGCCUUCAUUGUCCCUACCCUCAUCUUCUGUUCUUGUCCUGCACUUUAGCAGAAGGACUCAGAGCAGACCUGUUAGAUAUGACAUCUGGGAAGGUGUAGGAAUGAACACGCCCCUCUUCACCCGUGUUCUCACUCCCGUCUCUGGUGGGGACUUUUUCCACUGGCUCAAAGCCAACUGGUUGGUUGGUUUGUGUGCAUGGAGUAUUGCAUAAAAACCUCACACUAAGCCUCUGGGAAUAGAACCAGAGGCCAUGUUUAUUUGGUGCCUGGAGUCUUCUCAUCCAUCCCAGACUCCUAUGCAUUCUCCAUUUCUACAAAGUGCUCCAGUUAGUUUUAGGACUUAGACUCCACAAAUGAUGCUAACCUUCUGUCUGUUAGAUGACUGGACCAAGAGGCCUGGAGACACCUUAGCUAGCUAGUAUCCACUCCCUUCAGUUUCCAAAAGAAAAUAUUUAGAAGCAUUAAUUGAAAUUGAUUCCUGAAAGAAGUUUUCCUUGUGUUAGUACUGCCAGUAAAGUCACUGAAGCCACAGAACACCUGACUAUCUUAAAAUCAAACUCAUGUAUUUUGAAGAAGGUAAAGGAGGCUUUUUAACUAGUAAGAAAUGUCAAAAUCUAAAAUGCCAGUGCCUUCUUGCCUUAAAACAUGGCUUUUGUGCCAUUUGGGGAUUCUUCCUUUAGCAUCUGGAAUCUGUAGUAUUUUAAAGCAAAGCAAACAGCAGGGCUGUGGAUACAGCUCAGUGGUCAGUUAUCUACCCUUCUCUUUUGGACCCUGGGGUUGAUCUCCACCAUUGGUGUGAGGAUUAAUAAAUGGGGUAACAGGAUUAUUGCUGUUCUUGUAGCAUUGUGUACACACUCUGGUCACAAAAUAACCAACCUUCCUGAAAAUACAGCAGCCACAGGCAGAAAGGGCCAAAUCUGAAGCUCUGACUGAAGUGGACCUCUGAGUUCCAGGCCAGCCAGGACGCUAUACUAAGACCUGUCUCAAACAAUAUAGAGAAACUAAUUCAGAUGUAUUUCCACUCCUAAUUGCUUUUGUUUUUUUUCUAUAAAACCUUUCACGUGUUAUAAUAACUGUUCCUCUUUUUCACCAUCAGGCAUAGCCUUGUAAAAAUUAAUCAGUAUACCUCAAUCCCAAGAAAUUUACACCUGAGAAUGCCUUCCACAGACAUCCUAGUGUGAAUCAGCUGACUUGAAGCACAGGGACAUUCUGUGUACCUUUCUUUGUUUUGCUAAAUUAAUGAAGUCAAUCACUCCUUUCCCAAUCUUUUUUUAACUCCAUGAAUGUGAAACCUGUCUUCCUGUAAACCAUUAGAGGUCCUCAUCCAUUUGUCCUGUUCCUCAGACUCUCUGGUUCACUGAAGUUGUCCCUUGGAGACUGGCUGGAGCAGGUGCUGCCUUACAAAGCGGCACAGAUAACAAAGGAGAACCUCCAGAGCUAGAUCUGCUGGCUGAUCAUCACAGCACUUAGGCCGAGUCAGAAGGGUGGCCAUGAGUCCAGGCUCAGGGUGAGAGCUUGUCUCAAGAGAAUCAGUGGCUGUGGGGGCAGGUGAGUGGGAUAGGGCUGGGAAGGAGGGGAGGAAAGACUCACUCCCGUACUCCGGCCUAGGAAGGGUUAGUGUUGGAGAGGUGGCGGGUACGAGUGAAAUGGACUUUAUGUAUCACAGACCAGUGAACAUAUCCUUGCCAUAUGAGGUCUGCAAGACAGACUGAAACACCUUGCCUUCAGAAAGGCAUUUGUAACCAUAGGUUAGCUAUAUGCUAUGUGUACUACCAAAACAUUGCAUUGUCCUCUGGAGAAGACUAACAGUUACUGAUAUGUAAGGCAGCAGCAUUCGAGUGACCUCUUCAAUUGGUUUUUCUCAUUCUGUAGAAGAGGCCUGAAGUUCAUUCAUGGAACAAGUAAACCAAGAGUGGAGCGUCUUAAUUUCCCUUUCUCUUCUUAUAAAUGUACAAUUUUAAGUGUAUAACGUAUCACUUUAGUAAAAACAUUCUACUUUGCUUGAA